CUUGCAGUCUGAUGCUCGCGUGUGACUGCUGCUCUCUGCUCUGACGCCACAAGUUUUUACAGCAAGUUUCGCUCAUUGGACUUCGAUUAAACUGACCCGGGGAUGGAGGCGUCGAACGCUUGGCUCGGCUGUGUGCUCUUCACUCUUUUAGGGGCUUCUACUGUUGGACUGGAGAUAACCUCCUCAGCAAUGACGUCCAUCGAGAAAGCCAGCGGUCAAAGCGUGAAACUGGACUGCAUGUUCACUUUAGACCCCGCGGAUUCCGGGCCGCUGGAUAUCGAGUGGAGCUUGCUGUCUUCUGACAACCAGAAAGAAGACAAAGUGGUCAUCCUGUACUCGGGCGACAGGUCCUACGAGGACUACUAUGCCCCAAUAAAGGGCCGAGUUCACUUCAACUCAGCUGACCCCAAGAAUGGCGACGCUUCAAUCAACCUGACGGGCCUGAAGUCUUCAGACUCGGGAACCUACCAAUGUAAAGUGAAGAAGGCGCCGGGCAUCCGCAGCAGAAAGAUGCUCCUGAUCGUCAUGGUGAAGCCAUCCAAGCCCAGGUGCCAAGCAGAUGGACCUACACAGGAGGGCAAGGACAUCACUCUCAGGUGCACAUCCAACGAGGGCACCAAGCCCAUGCAAUACAGCUGGGAGAAAACUAGUGACAACAAGGUGCUGCCUGCUUCCGCUCUAAUGGACCCCGUGGGAGGCACCAUUAAUGUGAGGAACGCAUCUGCCAGCGCAUCUGGUACAUACCGCUGCAUCGCCAGAAACCGGGUGGGCACAGAGGAGUGUGUACUGUAUCUCAAUGUGACACCUCCUCCCAAUACUGCCGGCAUCAUCGCAGGAGCCAUAAUCGCGGUGCUGCUGAUGCUCAUCAUCGCCGCCAUCAUCCUCUUCUGCUGCUGCCGUGCUCGAAACAGGAAGAAGUAUGAGAAGGAAAUCUGCAAUGAGAUAAGAGAGGACGUUCCGCCUCCCAAGAGCCGCGUAUCUACGGCGCGCAGCUUCACCGUGGGCAGCCAGCGCUCCUCGCUGGGCUCCAUGUCGCCUUCCAACCUGCACGAGUACGCCCUGAAGACCCAGUAUGACAAGAUCCCGUCAUCGGAAGAAGACAGACCUCCUAGCCACACCCCCAGGCCCCCACCGACUGCCCCCAGGGUGGCAGGGCCCAACCUCAGUCGCAUGGGCGGCAUCCCCGUCAUGAUCCCUGCCCAGAACAGGGACGGCUCCAUUGUUUAACGCCGCCUCUUCUUGCAAAGGGACCAUAAAUGGUAGGUUAGAGGUGGGGGUGGCAGGGCUCAGAGAAGAUGGAGCUGGGACAGGAUGCAGCUCUGACACACAAACAAGACCUUACCGCUAUGAAGACCUUACCGCUGUGGUGCUGAGAAGAAAAUUGUAAUUUUACUGAAAUCACAGACUUUUUUUUAUAUCAAUCACAAGUCAUUUUAAAGAUGCUGUAUGUUCGUUACAGCUCCUAGCCCCUGAUUAGCUCAUCUGUACAGCCGUAUGAAUGCAUGUAUAUAUAUAGAAGUACAUCUGGAUGUGUGCUUGGACUGACAGUUAAGCCCAAAAUUAUUCAUAACCUGACCAAAGAGUCGAAGUGCAUUUUUAAUUGGCUGGAAAUGGACCGAGAAGGUGUCAACAACUAUAAGAUGUUUAAAAGAAUGUAUACAGCAAAUCGGAGCAUAGUCGUGAUUGGACUGUGAUAAACGCGUACACAAAGACCCGCAAUGCAUGCUGGGAAGCCCAACAGGAAUUUACCCACCGCUGCUUCGUUGGGUUAUUUAACAGGGACGUGAAUCUUACAACUCACGGUUCAGUUCGACUCCAUCUCUUGGGGUGACGAUUCAAUAUGGAAUCGAUUCCCAAUUGAUUUGGUAUUAGGGAUGUCGUGAUAUGAACAUUUCCCAUCAAGGUUAUUGUGACCAAAAUGAUCACUGUUAUCAUCAUAAUGUGCUCAGAAAAAGUACCUAAACACAAACUGAAAUAUUUUAUCCAAGUUUUACAUGAACUAGUGUUCUUACUUAAGAGCUUGCCACUCCAGUAAAUUAGUAUCAGCAGUUUGAGUUUAUCAAAAGUUUUUAUCAGUCACAGUUUUACAAUCAUUUUAAUUUCAAACUGUAAUACUAAACCAUCGGGGGUUUUACCGUUUAUUGUUACGUUCCUACUUGGUUUACUAUGGAUUUGGGAUGAAAAUGGAUUUGCAAACAAAAAAAAUUUGCAAUCAAAAAAAGUUUUACAAAAACCAAAUGUGGAUUGGAUUUGGAAUUGAUCAUCUUUUUUCUGGUUACAAAUCUUUUUUUAUUUCCAAAAAUGUUCUGUCUGUUACUAAUCGUAUUUUUUGCUAACGUCGCAACUUCAAUCUUUUGGGCGGGGCCUCCGCUUCAUAUUACAUUUUAUGUUCAAAGCCUUCUUAUUGGUCAAUCUCGUGUGACCGCUGACUACUUCCACCUUCAACCCAUUUAGAAUAUCAAAGACUCGGAGUUGGCGAUAUUGAGUCAAUUUAAAAGGCUUCUAAUAUUUAAAAAAAAAAUGUUUCCAAAUAAUUUUUUUUUGUACAGUACAGGCCAAAAGUUUGGACACACCUUCUCCUCAUUCAAUGCGUUUUCUUUAUUUCCAUGACUAUUUACAUUGUAGAUUGUCA